CAUCACGUGACCCACGGCCGUCCGUCAAUAGGUCACGUGAUCCAGUAACGUGCGCUUGUGUGACGGGUUUGCACCUGGUUUCAGAGCGCUCGUGAGAAAGUUUAGGGACGUUUUACAUAAGGAGAAAAAAAACAUUUUAUUUAAUUUAGUCUGUGGUUUAGGAUACAGCGAGUGUUUUGUACAUUUGAGUCGUGUGUGUGUGUGUGUGUGUGUGUGUGUGUGUGUGUGUGUGUGUGGCUUUGUCUCACCUGUCGACUAUAAUGAGGAAGUGCGCCUCUCAGUAGAAAGCAUUUCCGCCAAUGGCAACUUUUAACGCUGCAGUUUUGUUCAAAAAAGUGUGUAGGCGUUUAAUUCCGUAAAACUGGUGAUUUUAGGUUUUAAAGUGAGGAUUUUUGGGGAAAAGGAGAACGUUUUGAACACAUUAGCAGCAGUGAGGGAAGUGAACCAGACGGGUGUCAGACUUCAGUGAGGAUGGAUGAAUUGUUGCAGGACACUGCGAACAGUACUUUGAGAAUGGAUUCAGACAGCAGCGUGAGCGAUCCAGCCUCUCGUUCUUCACUGUUGCUGGCCAACAUUUCUACCAGGUCUAACAUGACAGUAGUCAUAUCGGAGAACGGGACUCUGGUGGAGGAUGAGAUCUUUCUUAACACAGUUGCUGCUCAGGCUCUGUCGGGGAUAUUCGUCUGGUCUGCGCUGCUCAUCACGUGUCACCAGAUCUACUCACACCUGAGGUCAUACACAGUGCCAAACGAGCAGCGUUACAUCAUCCGCAUCCUCUUUAUCGUUCCCAUUUACGCCUUUGACUCCUGGCUUAGCCUCCUCUUCAUCAGCAAUGACCAGUACUAUGUCUACUUUGACUCCGUCCGUGACUGCUAUGAAGCUUUUGUGAUCUACAACUUCUUGAGCCUGUCCUUUGAGUAUCUAGGAGGAGAGAGUGCCAUCAUGGCCGAGAUACGGGGAAAACCGAUUCCGUCAAGCUGCAUGUAUGGCACUUGCUGUCUGGCUGGAAUGAGUUACUCUAUUGGCUUUUUAAGAUUCUGCAAACAGGCCACGCUUCAGUUCUGUGUGGUGAAACCCAUCAUGGCCAUCAUCACUAUCUUACUACAAGCCUUUGGAAAAUAUCACGAUGGAGAUUUUAACGUGAAUGGAGGCUACCUCUACAUUACAAUCAUCUACAACGUCUCUGUGAGUCUGGCCCUCUAUGCUCUGUUCCUCUUCUUCUCUGCCACCAGUGACCUUCUGAGGCCCUUUGAACCUGUGCUUAAGUUCCUGACCAUCAAAUCGGUCAUUUUCCUCUCCUUCUGGCAAGGCAUGAUCCUGGCCAUCCUGGAGCGCUGUGGCGUGAUCCCAGAAGCACUAGUUAUAGACGGGCACGAGGUGGGCGCAGGGACAGUAGCGGCCGGCUGGCAGAAUUUCAUCACUUGCAUCGAAAUGUUCUUCGCUGCUAUUGCACUCCGUUACGCCUUCACAUACAACGUAUACCAGGAGAAGAAGAGCCAAGCUCCAGAUAAUGUGGCCCCCAUGCACAGCAUCUCCAGCGGACUGAAAGAGACCAUCAACCCUGGAGACAUGGUGCAGGACGCCAUCCACAACUUCUCUCCAGCCUACCAGCAGUACACGCAGCAGUCCACGCAGGAGGUGGUGCAGCCGAGCCAGAACGGCAAACUGGGCCCUGCCAUCAGCAAGAACCCCAAGAAGUCAGACAAAAUCACCCUGAUCGACACGGACGAUGAGUUCUAAAGAGCAGCUGUGUGUGUGGUGUGUGUAUGUAUGUAUGUAUGUAUGUAUGUAUGUAUGUAUGCCUGUAUGUAUAGGGGAAAGGGGAACCACAGAUACAGAGAUCAUCCUCCCAACCCAGACAGAUAUAUUCCAGUGUUUCGUUUAAGGUUAAAUAAUCUCACACUGAUCCGAGUCAUCUUAAGCCUCCCACUUAUGAAUGCACGUUAAUAACGAAUGUCUACCAAAUUCCCGCAAAUUCAUUAGUUGAUAAGAAAAGGAUUAGCAGAAUUAACACACACAGCGUUCCUAUUACUAUCAAGGGAAAGCAGCAGUUUUUUGCAGUUAUCGCAUGUCGUCGCUGCUUAAUCAAUUUGCUCAUCCGUCGUCCUGCUCUGUUCGAGAUGACAAUGAUCCUGCUGUUGUUGGAAUCCCCGUCUGACUCUUGGCUGUGUUACAGCAUGACAUAAGCGUAAAGGAGGUGUUCAGAAAGCUCGCGCUGGCUGGAGCCGUCACUUCACAGAGCGCCUCUUUUGAAGUAUUUGCUCAGCGGCCCUCGGCUUCGGUCUCCUGAUGAACGGAAUCAUCUCUCAAAGAUGCCCUGGUUUUGGAGCGCCACACUUCAAACUGUUUGCCUAGGCUCUUUGAAACACUUCAUAUCUCCUGCAUCAAGGACACAAUGAACGGCUUAAGAACUUCUCUUGCCUGACAGGGGAAGCUUUGUAAUUUUUCUUACCUUACACUCUCUAAUCCUAUCUGAACAAUUCAGCAGUCUUAUGCUAUACAUAGAAGGAAGCUGUGUUUUUAAUUGUAAAUAAUUUGUAUAUAAUUAAUUAGUUGCACAGGUGAUGUUGGGAAAUGUAAAGGUUAAUAUAAUGUUAUUGUAAAGGAAUUAUUAGUUAACGUGUUGUAUUAAUGCUAUCCACUGGUGUUGCUUCACAUUCACUUUUUUUUUUUUUUUCCACUCUAACAUUUUUAAAUCCUUUUACAAAGAUCAUUAAGAUCAUGAACAGUUUGUAUCUGUUUUUUAAAUGAGCAGUAUAUUGAGAGAGAAAUCUUGAAAUGAUUUAAGAGUCUGUUAAAUUGUUAUUAUUCAUGGCUGCAGCUUUUUAAACAGGAUGAACGAUCAAUAUGCUUCUUUAAUUAGGUUCAUGCAGCUCAUGAACUACCUUAUAAAGGCGGUCAGUUCUUGUACACCCUGUUCAUAAAGUAUUUGGAAUUCUUCUUGUAAUGUUUUAUCUGGGCUUGUCACAUACACAUAAUAUUCUUUAAAUUAAUUUAAACUGCUGUUUAUGUUGAUCAUUUCUGAAUUCAAAUAAAACUUUAAAAACUCACAUGAAAUAAAACAAAUGAAAAUGAAGGAUAGUAGAGGUUCAUAAAGGGGUGUUUUUUUUUUUUUUAAGCCUUUUCCUCCAUCAUGAUGUCUGCGUUAUUAUUGCCUUAUGAUAAAUCAGUGACACCUGUUAUUUGAAGAAGCUUUAUUUAAAAGUACAAAAUGGACACUGCAUACUAUGUACAGGAAUAAUUUACUUUCUUAUAUUCAGCCAGAGUGGAAAAAGAGCAUGAGUUUAUUUGUACAUGAGGGUAGUUCAUUGACAGAAAGUAAAUAAAUGAAUGUAAAUACAAUAAUUUAGAGUUUGAAAAAAAAAAAAAAAAAAAAACACAAA